CAUUUUCAGAGACUCAGCCAGCUCGCUCGGACCACCGAACCGAUACGAUCUCAAAUCUUCAAAUCGAAAGACACACCGGGACGUUGCGCUAAGUAGGAGAGGAUACAGUCGCUUGAGACAUCAUACUCAGACAUUUGAGACCUAAGACCCUGCCUCAACCGACUUUCGUACUGGUGCACUGCCGUGCGCGCACUCUGCCUUUACAACCACCAUCGAGAUGCCGUCUUGUUGCCGAACAUGCGACCAUCGCAAUCAUGCCGUCUACAAUUCAGAUUCUAUACCUUCGCUCGUCAAUUUAUGCCUCGUUGCACUCACCUUCAAGGAGGAUAUCUUACCGCAUACGAAGUCCUAUACGGCAUUGAACACCUUACUAAACGACAUCAUUGAUGCGGCCGAGUCGUCAUCACAUCCGUCAACAUUCACAUCAUGGUCGCUGUGUUUGUCAGACCCCAGAACUGCCGUUGUCGUAACGACUGCGAGUGAGACAUGCUCACACGUAACGUCGCCCAUCUACAACGACAUUUUCGCUUACCUCGCAAGUCCACCGAGCAUACAACAGCUCUACCUAGACUACUCCAUUCUAUCCCUUGCCACGUCAUCGCCAGAGCAGAGGAUACCUUGCGAGAUCAUGGUGCUGAGGGCACCGACUUCCGGCAUCGCCGCAGCAAUCGGCAAGCACUUCGGCUGGGAGCCUAGGCGCUCGUCUUUGUCCUCGCAGAUGCAGAACACAGCGCCAGCAGCCUUCAGUCGGCCAGGCGAUCUGAUCAGAGAUUUUUGGGCAUGGGCCGAGCUCCCACACGAUAGCUCGAUAUCGCGAUCUAGCUCACUCGGAUCGAGCAGCACACACCUGCCACCGCCGUUGGUGAGCACCAACUCGGAUGAGAAGAACAUGUCGCUCUACUUUGCGGAAGAAGACGAGGAGGAUAUCAAUGGGGCGGACGAUGAGGCUCUGGUGAUGAUAUUCCAGUGGCACGACCAUGUGGCUGCAGACCGGUUCAAACACCCACUGCAGAAGAGUUUUGGACGCAAUGGAGACGCUGUCAGGAACGACCUGUGGGACGAGCAUGUUGCGCGCCCAGUGCGACAUUUCCAGAGUCACGGCGCAAAGUUGGAGACAUACAGGCUUGACUUGAGAGCUGUGGAGCCAAGGAUGCAAACAAUAAUGCGGGCAGGUUCGAAAGCAGCUGGCAGAGAGAGGAGUGGAAGCAAGCGUCUCAGCAUGAUGGCCUUAGGGUUGGGAGAGAAGGUUAGUGGGAUGUGGAGGUGAUGACGAGGGAACCCUAGAGGUUUGUCAUUUGACGCAAAAAUAUUUGAGAUACAAUGUUUGAGGAUCUACGACAGGGAGUUCAUUCAGCUCGACGCAGUUCAACGGCCU